GCAGGUGACACCGGAGGAGGUGUAGGUGACACCGGGCAGGGCGCUGGUGACACCGGAGGAGAUGCCGGUGACACCGGAGGAGGUGCAGGUGACACCGGAGACAGUCGUGGUGGCACGGGAGAGGGCACCGGUGACACCGGGAGGGGAUCUAGGGGCACGCAGAGGUCGCUGGUGACACGGGACAGGGUCCGGUGACACGCAGAGGAGCCUGGGGACACCGGGGAUGGCUCUGGGGACACUUGAGGGGAUCCUGAGGUUGUGGAACAGGGUUCCAGUGUCCCUUUAUGGGGUCCCGGUGUCCCUUUAUGGGGUCCCGGUGUCCCUUUAUGGGGUCCCAGUGUCCCUUUAUGGGCUCCUGGUGUCCCUUUAUGGGGUCCCAUCCUGUGGGAUCCCCUCAGAAAACCCUUCCCGACCUUUCAGGGCGGCGCAACUUCCGCCUGUUAUCCCUUCAAUAAUUUGGGGGAAAUCCGGGUGGGUUUUUGGAGCCUCUUCUCAAAGCCAGAGGAUCCCAAAUUCAAGGGAUCCGAAAUCCAGGAGGUUUUGUCCCUUUUUUUUUCGGGUUUCUGGGACGGCUCCGGGCCUUCCCAGAGCGGGCAGACCUGUUUGGGAUCCGAAUUCCCUUUCCCCGGGCAGCAUUUGGGGUUUCGCCCUUGCCCUGCGGCUCUUUGGGAUCAGGGAGGGAAUUCCCGGGGGAAUGAAUGUGUGGGACUGAACCCGGGGCGAAUUCCUCAGGGUGGGGAAUUCUGGGGUGAAAUCCGGGGCGGAAUCCAGGGCAAACCAAAUCCUGCAGGGAUUUCAGUGUCCAGGGAAUGGGAUCAUGCCGGGUUAUCCCAAAGGAAUGGGAUCAUGCCGGGUUAUCCCAAAGGAAUAGGAUCAUUCCCCGUUAUCCCGAGGAAUGGGAUCAUUCCCCAUUCCCGGUUAUCCCGAGGCUUUUCCGCCCUCGGGAAUUGCAUCCCGAGGGCUCCGGUUCCAAGGGGUCAAUUUCCCUGGAAACCGUCACCGGAUCCCGGCGGCGACGCGCUGGGAACGGGAUCGGGAUUCCCCGGGAGCGGCUGGAAUGGGAUUUCCCAGGAUUUGGGGUCGAUGGUUAACACGAGAACUCUGCCCCAGGUUGGGCUGGAAUUCCUGGAAUUCGGCUCCGGAGGGAGCAGCGCCUGAGGGAUGAUCCCAAUCCCAAAUAUUGCUGAUCCGAAAUGUUCUUGUCCCGAUCCCAAAUGGAAAUCCCUCUCCCGACCCUCUUCCCAGGUCUUCCCUUGAUCCCGGAAUUCCCAUCAGGAUCGCUCCCGGCCCCACCCUGGCCUCUGCCCCGCCGCCCUUUGGCCACCUGGAAAAAUUCCCGAUUUUCCACCGGCGCUCCCUGCUCAGCCCCCGGUUCAGGCCAUGGCGGAGCAGCCGCUGGACCACGGCGUCCAGAUCCGCUUCAUCAGCGACCUCCGCGAGCCGCGGCGCCCCCCGCGCCCCUCGCGGGCCCGCGGCGGCUCCUACGGCGUGGCCGUGCGGGUCCAGGGCAUCGCCGGGCAGCCCUUCGUGGUCCUCAACAGCGGCGACAACGGCGGCGACAGCUUCGGCGUGCAGAUCAAAGGGGGACAGCCCGAAACGCCCCCAAAUCCCCCCAAAACCCGGGUCCCGGGCGGCUCCGAGGAGGAGGGGGGCGGUGAGGGGGAAUUUUGGGAUGGGGGAAUACGGGGGGCGCCCGGAUUUGCAGAGCGGGAAGGUUCAUGGGGGUCCCGGGGGGGCACCAAGUUUUUAGAUGAGGAAGGUGCAGUGGGGUCCCGGGAGGUCCCCAAAUCCUGGGAUGAGGAGCUAAGGAAGGUCCCCAAAUCCUCGGAGCAGGAAAUUCCAGGGGGGUCCCGGGGGGUCCCAAAAUCCUCAUGGGAUGAGGAAACUUCGGGGCGAUCUCGGGGGAUCCCGAAAUUCUCGGAUCAGGACCAGGGAAGAUCCCGAGAUGUCCCAAAAUCCUCGGAUCAGCAGCCGAAAAUCCCCAAAUCCUCGGAGGAGCUGCGCCGAUCCCAAUCCCACGGGGACCUCAGCGCGCCUUUCCCCAAAAGCGGGGCAAAAUUGGGUAAAAAGGAUGCGGAAAUUCCCAAAAUUCCUGGGGAUGUGGACACGGAGCCGCUUCGCUCCGUGGAUUCCCUGAUCACGAAAUUCGACGGGAAUUUGCCCCGCGGGCGAGCGUCGCGGAGGUUCCGUGGCCCCGGGGCGGCUCCGAGGAAACGCUCGCAGAGUUUGGAUACGCGGAAUUCCCGGGAAUCCGCCUCGAUCCCGCCCCAAAUUCCCCAAAUUCCCGGCGGGUUUGCGGGCAUGGAGGAGCAGAGCGUGGAGAUGCAGCUGAAAUCCACCCCGGACCUGCUGCGGGAUCAGCGGGAACUGGGGAGCAGUGAAAACCCCACCGAGCUCAUCUACAACAUCCUAAAAGAGGGGAGCUCUGAGAGUGAAAUUUCCCUGAAAAGGAAAACCUCGAGGCUGCUGGGAAAAUUCCAGGAGCUGGCGAGUUCCGUGGGGGCUCCGGACUCGCCCCAAUCCCAAAUCCUGCAGGAGGCCCUGGACAGGAAAUCCCAGGAGCUGCAGCGGAGCCAGGCCCAGCUGAGCGAGCUGAAAGCUGCCAAGGAGGCACUGGAGGCGCGGCUGGGCCACCUCGAGGGGCAGCUGCUGGCCACGGACCCCAAAAGUGACCCCGAAGCACAGGACCUCUACCAGGAGCUGCAGGAGUGCCGGGAGCAGCUGCAGGAGGCGCUGGGCUCGCGACGGCGCCAGGAGCGGGAGCUGCAGGCGCUCAAGGGGGCCCUGAAGGCCGAGGUGGCUGCGCACGAUUCCGACCUGGAGCGGCUCCGGGGCGAGAUGGAGGCGAUCCGGGCGGAAACAGAGCGGGUGUCGGAGGAGAAAUCCAGCCUGGAGCAGGAACGGGAAAAUUUGGGAAUGCAGCUCCGGAAUCUGCGGCGGGAGCUGGAGGAGAGCACAGAGGAGACGGAGCAGUGGCGGGAAAUGUUCCAGAAAAACAAGGAAGAGCUCCGGAAUUCCAAGCAGGAGCUGCUGCAGGUGCGGCUGGAGCGGGAGGAGUUGGAGGAGGAGCUCCGGGAGCUCCGGGAGCGAUUCCAGGCAGCGCGGGAGGAUCGAGAUCGGGCUCAGAGCAACCCCCAGGAGCUGGAAAAGCUCCGGAAGGAGCUGGAGCAGGGCCGGAAAGACAUGGAAAAGCUUCGGGGGGAGCGGGACGAGGCUGCCCAGGCCCAGAUUUCCCUUGGAUCGGCACUGGAGGCAUCAGAGGAGGCACGGAAAGUUCUGGAAUCGCAGCUGGAGGAAUCCCAGGAAGAGCGGGAAAACUGGGAACGGCUCCGGGAGAAAGUGGACGAACUGGAGGCGGAGCGCGCGGCGCUGGCCGAUUCCCUGGGCUCCAGCGCGGAGCGGGAGCGGGAGCUGCGGCGCUGCCGCGAUUCCCUGGAGUCGCGCCUGGAGCGGGCCCAGCAGGAGCUGCGGGAUUUGGGAUCCGCGCUGGGCCAGGAGCGGCUGCGGCGGGAGCGGCUCAGCCAGGAGCUGGAGCAGAUGACAGCGGAAUCCCAGAGCUCCCUGGCCUCACUGAGAUCCCAACUGGAAGAAUUCCAGGAAAAAUCCCGCCGGGAACUCACGGAUUCCCAAAAAAUUGCCCGAGACCGCGAGACCGAGGCAGAAAAAUUCCAACAGGACAUUGGGAAGCUCCAGGAUGAGAUUUCCCAGCUGAAGGAGACGAUCCAGGAAAACCGGGAAGAGCGGGAUCGGAUCCUGCUGGACAAGGAGCUGCUGCUCCAGAGGCUCCAGGAGCUGGAGCAGGAUCUGGAGAACCGGAAAAGAUCCCAGGAGGAGCGAGCCAGGCAUUCCAAGGCACUGGAGGAAAAAUCCAAGCGUUUGGAAUUGGAGCUGGAUGAGGAGCGGAGCUCGGUGGAGCUGCUGAGUGAGAGGGUGACCCGGAGCCGGGACCAGAUUGAGCAGCUGCGGGCGGAGCUGCUCCAGGAACGUUCGAGUCGCCAGGACCUGGAAUGUGACAAAUCGUCCCUGGAGCGCCAGAACAGGGAGCUGAAGAACCGGCUGGCCGCUUCCGAGGGGCAGCAGCGACCCGGGAACAGCCGGAAUUCCCAGCUGGAAUCGCAGCUGGAAGAGCUCCGGGAGCAGCUCCAGGCUGAGGAGAGGGAAAAGAGCGUCCUGCUCUCGUCCAACCGGAAGCUGGAGCGGAAAAUUAAGGAAUUGUCGCUGCAGCUGGACGAGGAGCGGCAGAGCAGCAGCAGCCACAGGGACCAGCUGAGCCUUCGGGUAAAGGCCCUGAAGCGCCAGGUGGAUGAAUCUGAGGAGGAAAUCGAGCGCUUGGAAAACGCCCGGAAAAAAUCCCAGCGGGAGCUGGAGGAGCAGCAGGAGCUCAACGAGCAGCUCCAGCGGCGCCUGAAAUCCAUGGAAAAGGAGGCCUGGCGCCGCGCCGUGGACUCGGCGCUGCAGGACGAGCGGCUGAGCUCGGAUGAGGAAUUCGGCUCCGCGGCCAUCGCCUCCCUCCUGAGCGAGGCCAACCUGCAGGCCAGCUCCUGCUGAGCCAGGAAUCCGGGAAUGCCAGGAAUCCGGGAAUGCUGGGAAUGCCGGAGUCAUCACUGAGGCCGGGAUUGGUUCCAGGAUUGGUCGUCCGGGGAUCAGCCUGGGACCGUUCCGGGCUCGUCCCUGGGAUCAGCCCCCUCCUGCUGAUUCCCGGGAAUUCCAGAGCUGGGAUCGAGUCCGGGAUCAGCCCCAGAAUUUCAGCUGGGAUCAGCCCCGGGAUCAACCCUGGGGAAUCAGUCCCAGGAUCAGCCCUGGAAUUCUGGCCAGGAUCAGCCCUGGGCUGUGGCUGCUCCAUAGGGAGCGAGGGCAUGAAGGAAAAAGGGCCGGGACCCCCUGGGAAUCCUGGGAUUUCCAGGGGUUUCCCAGCUCCUGAGAACACUUUGGGGGAAUCCUGGGGUUUCCCGAUUCCAGUAGUUUUUAUUCUUACCUGCUCCUGAAGAUGUUUGGAAUAAAAUACAGCAGUUUAAGGGCAA